AUGGCAGAAGACAAGAAAACGGACGAUUUCACGAUUCAGAUGGAUCAGGGGAGUAAGACCUUUGAGGCACCUCUGCCGCCGCCUCCCCAGCCCAGAAGCGCACCGAGCAACAAUCCCAUCCUGCCGGUGCUGGCGUACUGCGGAUCUUCUAUUAUGAUGACCGUUAUGAACAAAUAUGUUCUGUCGGGCACUGGUUUCAACCUCAAUUUCUUCUUGCUCUGUGUUCAGUCCCUCGUCUGUAUCGUUGCGAUUCAGACAUGCAAGACAUUUGGCCUGAUAACAUUCCGUGAUUUCAAUUCCGACGAGGCCAAAAAGUGGUUUCCCAUCACCUUGCUUUUGAUCGGCAUGAUCUACACUGGCUCCAAGGCCCUCCAGUUUCUUUCGAUUCCGGUAUACACCAUUUUCAAGAACUUGACGAUUAUCCUCAUUGCCUACGGUGAGGUGCUCUGGUUCGGUGGCUCCGUCACCGGUCUUACCUUGUUCUCCUUUGGACUCAUGGUUGUGAGCUCCAUCAUCGCCGCAUGGGCCGACAUUAAGCAUGCCGUUGAGAGUACCAGUGAUGCAACCGCCAGGGUCUCGACACUGAACGCCGGAUAUAUUUGGAUGAUGAUCAAUUGCCUCUGCACUUCCUCCUAUGUUUUGGGGAUGCGCAAGAGAAUCAAGUUGACCAACUUCAAGGAUUUCGACACCAUGUACUACAACAAUCUUCUGUCGAUCCCCGUCCUUGUGGUUUUGACCUUCUUCGUCGAAGACUGGUCAUCCACCAACGUUGACCGCAACUUCCCCCCCACCGAUCGCAGCGGUAUUUGGUUCGCCAUGAUCCUGUCCGGUCUUUCCUCGGUGUUCAUUUCCUACACCUCCGCCUGGUGUGUCCGUGUGACCUCUUCGACCACCUACUCCAUGGUGGGCGCUCUCAACAAGCUGCCUAUUGCGGUCUCCGGUUUGAUUUUCUUCGAUGCACCUGUGACCUUCCCCAGUGUCUCUGCCAUUGUCGUGGGUUUCAUCAGUGGAAUCGUCUACGCGGUUGCUAAGAUCAAGCAAAGUGCCAAGCCGAAGACUGGUUCCCUGCCUACUGCAAACCCUCUUGUCAGUGCUAGCAGCCAGAGCAUGAGAGAUUCGCUACGAUCUUAA